AAAAAAUCAAUGUGGUUUGAAUCAAAAAAAUAUUUUGUUGUUUUGACUUGACGAUUUUUUGUUGAAAUAACCCUCAAAACCGAUCGAAACAACUCAAAAUUUUGAGUUGAAAUUACUUGCUGUAUUUUGUCAAACUCCUUUGGAAAUAACAACAAAAAUUUUGAUUUGCUUCAACCCACAACGGCGUUGAAUCAACUUGACUGUGUUUUUUGAUUUCAAUGAAAAUUAUUAUGGUUUACACGUGCCCCCUUUCUGUCAAAAUGUUGACAUUUUCUCAGUGGGCUGAUCGAUUUUUUUCCGUUCCGUGCCGCGAGGUUAUACAAAUGGAUCCGUGGUCUGUUUAUCUGAGCGAUUCGCGGAAAACGAAAAGGUUGUGCUCGAGAUUCGGGUUGAUUUCCAAACCACCCAGAAUCAGGCCGACUAAAACCCAACAAUUGAGAUACCAAAGCUGCCACCACCAGAAGUUCCUCAGCGUGCUUUGCAAGAUGGAGAACCAACCCAGAUUUAUCGGAAUUCCCCAAGAUCUUAAUCUUCGACGGGACAUGCUUGACCUCUGCGGAAAACAGAACCACGAUCCGGAAGCCAGUGCCAACAUGGCCGCUCAACACGGGGAGACAAACUUGUCGGUUCACUCAGAAGCGGCGGUGUCAACGAACAGCAAAAUGGCUCACGGUCUCAGGGGCCAAAUUUGCUGCAACACUUGAAGGAACAGAUGGAAAUUAUUUGAAAUUUUCAAUAAAUAAAAAAAUUAAACAUCAAUAAAAUACAAUUUUUAUUCCAAUUCAACAUUUUGUUGAUUCAAUUCAAUGACUAACCUUAGUUUGAUAAAAAUCUUGAGUUGUUUCCACAACGAAACCAACGUUGAUUCAACAAAAUUCUGAUUUGAAUGCGCUUUCUGUCAAAUUUUGGUCAACAAAAGUGAGGGUUGAUUCAACAAAAAAGCUGCUUUGAAACAACGAAAUGUCUCGAUUUGAAACAACAAAAUUGGAGAGUUGAUUCAAUGCAAAAAUUUUGUUGAUUAUAUUCAACAAAAUAUUUUGUUGAAUCAAACCUCAUACAGGCUGAUUCUACAAAAUAUUUUUCUG